AUCAAAUUUUGUCUGCACGUUAGUACGUGUAUAUAUUCCUCUCUAGUAGGUAUUUAACAUUUACUAGUAGCCAAACGGUUGGCUCAAGGUAAAAAUAGAAGUUGAGUCAGAUCAUCAACCUACCGGCUAGUUACACUGUGGCGCACUCAGUGUGUGGAUAGAAUUUUGCAACGCUGCUUUGUUUACGGUGAUUCGCUAGUUUGGAUUUGCGUUUCAAAACGAAGAUCCCAAGUCGCAUUUGUGGUGUCUUCAAAGAAGGGCGUCAAUUCUUGUUUCAGUUGAUUCAGUUUUCCGACUAAGUCAGCAAUGGGUGCAAGUUGGUCAGCCCCAGUAAGGAGUCUAUUCAACAGAGGCAAGGUCAAGGAAGAAGUUCAACAAGGUGUAGAGGUUGUGGUAAGCGCUGCCGAACAAGGUUUGCAGAGAUUGGAUACAGCUACAUCAGGUGCAGUAACAAACUUAGCUGAUGAGUUGUCGAACGCAGGAGUGGACCUGAGCCAAUUCAAAAAUAACCUAGUUCACGCGAUAGAUGAUGCACACAGGGUCGAGAACGAAGUAGGCACCUCAGUAACUAAUGUCGCAGGUUCCGUCGAGAAUGGUUUGAAAGAUGAAUUCCACCACGUUGAAACACAGACGGAGGUCGGUAUCAGUAAGGCUGGGGCAGCGGUCAAAGGUGCAAUACCAAAGGUCGAAAAAACCACAGAGGAAGCAAUCCAGAAACUUGAGCAAACGAAAGAAGAAGUAGUAGCAGAAGUCUAUGGUGCAGCGAAGAAAACCGAAAAUGCUGUGGUGGAAAAUGUAUCGUCUCUAACUUCAGACAUGGCUAGUUUCGGAGAAUCCGCCGGAGCCAGUAUCGCAAACGGUUUGCAGACUGUUGAAGCCAGCGCAGAAGCAGGUGUUGAAAAGGCCAAAGAAACAGCAGAGGUGGUCGAGAAGAAAGUGGAAGAUAUCGCCUCCAAUGCUGAACAAACUGCGUCAGAAUGGACUACAUCUCUUCUAACCAAAGAAAAACAACUUGCGGAUGAGGCCAAAGAGGCAGUAUCACAGAAAAAAGAAGAAGUUUCUUCUGGCAUCGCCGCUGGUGUCAAAGUUGCCGAAGAAACUGCUUCAGCUGGCGUUGAAAAGGUAGCGCAGGGUUUGAGCUCUCUGCAGGAAAGUUUGGACUCCAAAAAGGAAGAAGUCUCUUCGCAAGUCAAAGAAGUUGUCGCCAAUGGCGCUAACACAGUAACCGAAAGCCUCGAUAACCUCCAAAAGGAGACCGAGGAUAAAAAGAACGAAGUUGCUUCUGGAUUGAGCUCUGAGCUGCAUUUCCUUCGGGACACAGUAGUAGCAUCCAAAGAUAUUGUCGUAGAAACUUUGCAAAAAGGUCGAUAUUUCGAAAAUGCCCCUCCUAAGUCGCCACCAUCAAAGUUCCCAAGUACUACUACUUCUACUCUGUUAUCUAGUUCGUCGGACACCCAAGAAGAAAAAUCUGCAGACGCUACUGAAGAAUCCAAACUCAACGGUACAAAUAACGAAGAAGUCGAAGAGAUGGGGGAUAAAGAAGAGAAAAAAGAAACACCUCCUAUUAAAGAGGUCACCGAAUUCUUAAGCAGCGAAAUUUCUGAUGCCAGCAAUAAUCUCGAGGCAAAGAAAGAAGAGGUCAAAGAAGGAGUUACUACUACUAAUGGAGCAACUGCUGCAGCAAAUGAUGCUCAAGUUGAAAGCAACUCUAUUUUUGAUAGUCUCACUGAUAUAGGUUCUUCGAUCACCAAUACACUUCAUAACAUCGAAAGUGACAUUGAAUACACUGGCAAAACUAUUUUGACUGGUGUUGGAACAAAAGUAAAAGAGGCUGGCGAAUUUAUUGCUGGCACCGAAGAAGAAAUUGAUCAAAAUAUGGAUGAUAAAGAACUGAAAACUGAAGCCGUUACCAGCAUUUUAGAUAAUUCUCUUCUUAAAUAAUUGGACGAUGCAGUAAAAUGCAGGACCCCGACACCUGUGCCUUUUAUCAAAUAUAUAUUUAUUUGUUGAGCUUUUUAUUACACUGAAAGCAUUUUUUGUCAUUGUGAUGUAAUUUAUUUCGUCAAGUUUUUAUUAUAUAUUUUGUAUGGAAUGAUAGGGUAGUCAAAAGAAAGGAUGUUUUAACUACACAAAUUACAUUAAUAAAGAUUUUAUAAGUCA